ACGUUUCAGGGAUGAGUAAUUGAUUAAUACGUUCUGUUCUGUUCCGUUCUGUUUGAAGGGUGUUGAAAAGGCCCAAGAACAAUCUUUCGUCUUCCCACACAGCCAACUGAACAGGUAUGCAUCUACCCUCCAUCUUCAUAGAUCAUUUUUGAACCACAAACCACGGCGGCCCGAUCAUUUCACCAUGUCUGAACACCAGUACAAAUUUCAUAUCACCAUGAGCUGUGGUGGUUGCUCUGGAGCUGUAGAACGAGUACUGAAGAAGUUGGAUGGGGUCAGAUCUUUCGAUGUCAGUCUAAAUUCCCAAACUGCCACCGUCGUAACGGAACCGUCCGUGUCGUAUGAUACCGUGUUGGCUACCAUCAAGAAGACUGGGAAGACUGUCAAUACUGGAGAGGCCGAUGGUCAGACCAUGGCCAUCUGAGGAACUGCCUCUUUUUCUUUUGUGGUUGCCCUCCAAGGGUCCAGGUCAAUCAGGGCUUCUUUUGCUAUUUGCGCGGGGGCUUGUUCGAUCGGUCUUCUAGGAUAAAUCGACUAUAUAACUACUUCCUGCCCAUCCGGAUUUCCCAACUCCUCCUUUUAUAAAAACCCUUUUAAAUUUCGCAUUCCGAAUGCAGGUUUAGUAACAGGCUUCAAAACCUUAGGUCC